GAGCCGGGUGCGCGCGCGCGGGCAGGCAGCGCGGGGCGCGGGGGCGCGCGGGGCGGCCGGCGGCAGCGGGCAGGCGGAGGGCAGCCGCGGCGGCGGAGGCCCCGAGAGCGGCGGCAAGCAUGGCGCGGCGGGUGCCGGUGGUGGACGUGCAGAGCGACAACUUCACGGAGCUGUGGCCGUCCAUGCUGCUGGCGCUGCGCUCCGCCACCUUCGUGGCCGUGGACACGGAGCUGAGCGGCCUCGGCGCCAGGAAGUCGCUGCUGAGCCCGUGCAUCGAGGAGCGGUACAAAGCCGUGUGCAGCGCGGCUCGGACCCGCUCCGUGCUGUCCCUGGGCCUCGCGUGUUUCAAGCAGCUCCCGGACAAGGCCGAGAACACUUAUCUCUGCCAGAUCUACAACCUGACGCUCCUGUGCAUGGAGGAUUACGUGGUGGAACCGCAGUCGGUGCAGUUCCUGGUGCAGCACGGCUUCGACUUCAACAAGCAGUACUCCCAGGGGAUUCCGUACCACAAGGGCAACGACAAGGGCAAUGAGAACCAGAGCCGGAGCGUUCGGACUUUCUUUCUGGAGCUCAUACGAGCGAAGAAGCCUCUCGUUCUCCACAACGGCUUGAUCGAUCUGGUCUUCCUGUACCAGUGCUUCUACGCGCACCUCCCAGACAGCCUCGGCACCUUCACUGCUGACCUCUCAGAAAUGUUUCCAGCAGGAAUAUACGACACCAAAUACGCUUCAGAGUUUGAGACUCGCUUUGUAGCGUCCUACCUGGAGUACGCUUACAAGAAAUGCAAGCGGGAGAACUGCAAGCUGAAGGACUCCAGCAGCCAGCACAUCACCGUUGAGUUCUGCAACUACCCGGCCAACAUGUCCCAUUACAUCGACUAUCGCCACUGCUCCCUGGAAGAAGAAUGCCACAACGUGGGAGGGGGAAAUAAAGUACCUGUCUGUGAGAAAUUUUCGGCUUAUGGCUGGUGUCCAAAAGGGGUGAAGUGUCCACAGUCUCAUAAUAUUGACCUCAUAAUUGAUGAGGACGACAAGCUUUGGGAGGAGAAGCGGAAGAAACGGAAGCACAGAUGGAAGAAACGGAAGAACACAGGAGAGCCUGCAAAGGCGCUUGAACAGGAAGGCUCAGGGAAAGAAAUGGAUCUAGCGCAGAAUGGGGAAGAGGGACCCCCAGCAAAACAGAGCUGCUGUGAGCCUGCAGCUGCUACAGAGGUGGCACCCAACCGUGAGGACAGGCACCUGGAGGAGAAGUCCAUGGACAUGGAACCAGAGGCCAGCUCAGACACCAGCGCACAACAGGAAGAGGAUCUGGAGAGUGCUGAAGGAACUGCUGCCCAGGCAGCAGCUGCUGCGAGCCCUCCUGCCCAGGGAAAUGCCUCCAACAGCAACCAGGUGGAGGGGCAGUCAGAGGCUCCCCCUGGGGUGGGCUCAGCCCACCACCCAGACACCCCUGAGACUGAAGCAGCGUGUGCUGCAGAAAAGGAAAAGGAAAGCCCUGGUCCGCCCUCGCAGGGGGGCACACACCGAGCUGGCUUUGAUGCGUUCAUGACUGGCUACAUCAUGGCUUAUGUCUGGAUGCUCAAGAAAGAGAAAAACCCAGAUGCUGAUGCAGGGCCCUGGUUGCCAGACUGCCACAAUAAACUGUACCUCAGUGGGAAAUCAGUGCCGCUUCAAAUAGUGAAGAGUUUGUUUUCUAAAUCUUCUAAAGCUCACAGCCAGAAGAUGAAGUUGGCCUGGGGCAGUGGAUAGAGCCAGAGGACUCCUCAUUUAACCCAGCUUUUGUUCUCCCUUAAGUUUUGAAGUUCUUCCAUCAAGAACUAAUCAGAAGGGGAGCAAGUUCCUUACUCUGGUUUUUGGUUUAACUUCUGACGGAUUAAAUUGCUCUCAGUUGGUGUUCCCCCUGUUGUUCCUUAGCAGCAUGCUAGGCUGGGAAGGCAGGAAAAAUGCACCUCUCCAGCUGCAGCCAGGGCUGCAAGCUUCAGUUUAGUGCUCUGCACUCAGAGGGGGUUGUGAUAAAACAACAGGUGCUAGCUGCUUUAGCACAGGUUUCACUUACUGCAGAUGAAGGGGCUAAUCACUUGGUAACAAGGAGACAGAGCCUAGAGCUUCCCACUUCAACUUCUCAGUAUAUUGGAGCCCCAGCCUCCUCCCAGACCUUGUCCUUAUCCUCACUGCACUGCAGCCUUACCACACACUGCCACUGAACUUGUGGUUUAGGGGGGGACAGACGUCUUCCAAGGGAGCAUGUACUACGGUUAAAGUCUGCCUACAAAAAUACGUCUGAAAGCUGUAAGCGGUUGACCCAUACAAACCAGCUUGAGAGAAAAUGCUGUCAUCACUGCAGGAAGAUGUGAUGCUUCUGCCAGGUACCAGAUGAGAAAUCAGGCUAGCUCUGCAGGCAAAGCAUACGGUUUUAUGAAUGUUUAGUCAAGUGCUACUGCUUUCUGUCACUGCUGGUACAGUAAUCCCCUCUAAUUAUUUCUUGUCUUUCUAAGGAAAUCAAGAAGGAAAAAAGUUGUGUGUUUUUUCUUGUUUGGUUGUUUUUUUGGGGGGAAGGCGGUUUAAAGAGACACCUGGGAGAGCUAUCCCACUUUAUAUUUGUACUUAACCUUCAUCUUGGUUACAGCAGACCUUUGCUCCUAGGAGAGGGGAAGGAGAAAGCUGCUCCUCCCAAACGUACCAGCUGAUUGCAGUGCAGGGUAACCGCACACAGAACCGAGUCACAGCAGGUCUUCAGGCUUCUCAGUAAGCGGAGAUGCAGUGGGACUUCAAGCCAGAUGUGGCUCUGUUAACCUGCACUGUUGCCUGUGCCGCUGCAGCUGUUCCGUGGGGCUGGGACAGGGGCCCCAAAGGUACUGCCCAUGCUGCAGAGCAGAAAAAGUGCUCGAGUCUCAUGGAUUUAAUAGCGUAACAGCAGUAAAAUGCAGGAGAGAAAUAAACAGAACUGUCAUCCUUA